ACAAAGUUUUGUAAUUUAAUGCCCGUGAAUGUACCUGUGUAUCAUUGUAUAUUUGUCAAUAAUUCUACAAACAUGUGAGGCAGAGCGAAUUAUAAUGACUCUAAAAUACUCAUCGCAUCGUGUGAAGCCCGUAAUAGUAAACGGAGAACCAGUCUCCCGCGGCGUAGUUCCUUACAUCGUAUCCAUCAAGGCAGGCCGACGAAUAAAAAAAGAAUACUCAUAUAAGAACAUAUGCGGUGGAAGCAUCAUUAACAGGGAAAAGGUCCUCACAGCCGCUCACUGCUUCGAACGUAACCAUUUCGAGUACUUAAAAGAUCCAUCACGACUGGCAGUGGUCGCAGGAGACCUUAGAAAUGUCAUCAAUAUAGACAAAUUCACUUCAAACGAAACAAUUCAGUGGAGAAAGAUCAGUGGGAUCAUUAUACAUCCAUACUUUAACUUUCCUUUGGAUGACAUAGCGGUGGUAUUUGUAAACUCAUUUUGGAAUUUCUCGAAAUAUAUUGAACCUAUUAAAAUCGCCAGGCUUCCAAUAGAUUACCCGGACACGUGUUACGCAGCCGGUUACGGAAGAACUUCGCACGGCGAGAAGAGCGAGAGAUCGCCAGUGCUCCUUAAAGCUAAAAUUGACGUAAUACCGAGAACCAAAUGUACAGAAAUUUGGGAAGUACCAAUGGAUGAAUUUGUUUGUACCUGCUCGGUGAAUACUGACGUGGCAGUAGGAGAUUCAGGAGGGCCCUUGGUUUGCCGACGCACGUCGGACCCGGAGGAAGAACCUGGCAAGGAGCUAUUAGUAGGGGUGACCAGUGGUAAAAAUUUUGAUUAUACUAGUAUUUUUAUGAGAGUAUCUGCUUACGCAGACUGGAUUGACCACGUGCACGUGAAUGAAGGAUGUUACUUGCAGAACUGGUGUAUUUUAUCCUAUAUUUUCUUCUUGCUUUUAUAA